AUGUUCCGAGCCCAGAAAGAGGUCAAGCAGCUGUCGCCGAGCUAUUUUACACAGAGUGUGCAGAGUAGUGGACGAGUCGGCAAGCUGUCUGCGUUAUUCGAUGUGAAGGUUCGACGUGAUGCAACAUACACAGAUUUCGCCCACGGGUGCAACCAGAUCAGCAGCCACAUCCGUCCAGCCCUGGACAGCGAGUUGGGUCACGGUGCACUGGUCAGCAGCUGUGCGGCAGCAUCCGCAGGUGUGACCGAAGAGUUGUCCCAGGACUCUGGACACUAUGUGUUGGAGCCGCUGCUCAGGCACCUGUCUCCAGGAGCCGUUCCAGAAAGUUGCUGGACACAACUACGACGAAUUCUGGCAGAUAGGCCCGCGCAGAUGGGCGAGGAGGCUGCAGAAGCUGUCAAGGAGGAGAUGCAGGUGCCUGCUGCUGAGCUGGCCGAGCUCUCUGCGACUUUCCAGAAGCUGCACAGGAUUACCACCGAGCUCUCCCGGCCGGUCCAGAACAUGGAUGAGGUCUUGCUGCCGCUGCGCCAGGCAGCGCAGAUACUGUUGCGACCACAGGCCCAUGGCCCACUCCGCGGCUUCCUUCGCCGGCUGCGCCUGCGCCGCGGUGCCAAGGAAAACGUGGUGCCACAGACCAAGACCGGAAGACUUCAAAAGCCGCCAGCAGAUGACUAUGCAUGUGCACGCGAACAAGCUGCCGAUGAGGGCUUGGUAGGUGCCUUCCCUUCUUCGCUCUUCGGGCCUCUGCGCCGGCUCCUGGCUGGCCCAGCGCCAGUGCAGCGUGGAGCGGCCGAGGUAGUGGCUGCGUGCGCCCGCGCAUGCGGCGCUCCUCUCCUUCGUGGGCUCUUGGGCCUCGCACCCCUGCUGUUGAAAGUCGUGUCCUUCAGAGGGCCCGCACAAGGCGCGGCCCGUGCGGCGCUGGCCGAGAUGAGCAGCCAGAGCUGGAGCGGCUUUCGGGCGACCUGGCGGGCGCUGAUGCAGGCCAUCUUGGCCUCCAGCGGCGGCCGAAGGUCACCGGGUCUUUCGGGCAUGGUCGACCAGGGCUCCGGGCAGCUCUUGGAAGUGUUCCGGGCCCUGGAGGAGGUUUGGCCACAGCUCUCCGAGACCAGUGAUGCCGCGGCAGCUCGGCAG